AUGAGGUGUGUACUGCUUUUCGCAUGGUUGACUCUAAGGGUCACGGCUGCCAAAUGCUCGGCCAGCUUCUUUUCUAGUCUUCUUCCUCAGAAUUACUCUUUGAGCUAUGCUUCACAUGUUCCUGAAAACGGCACUUUUACUGACUCUUGGGCUGACGGAAACGCAACUUCCCUUCCGGAAGGUUGCGCUGUUGGGCUUCAAGUUCAAACUGCCAACGGAUCACAAUUUCAAAUGGCCAUGUACUUACCAUCCGACUGGAAUAACCGAUUCAUGGCAACGGGAAAUGGGGGAUUUGGUGGCUAUACAGCGUGGAUAAGUAUGGGGGCCUUGGCACAGUAUGGAUUUGCGACUUUGUCAACAAACACUGGUCAUCAGUCUAGCCAACUCGAUGGGAGCUGGGCACUGAACAAUCCUGAAGCAAUCAUCAAUUGGGCUUGGCGUGCCAUGCAUAUGGGUGUGGUGAUAGGGAAAAACAUUACCACAGGUUUUUACAACAGUUCGAUCCAGUAUUCAUAUUACGCUGGAUGUUCAACGGGAGGCCGUCAAGGUCUGAAAGAAGUGCAAGAGUUUCCAGAUGAUUUUGAUGGUGCCCUGAUAGGUGCACCAGCCUGGUGGAUGGACAAUCUUCCAGUUUACGGAGCCUGGUUGGGUGCUCACAACCUUCCGGUGAAUGCCUCAUACCACGUCAGUCCUCAACAGUUACAAAUGCUGGCUCGCGAAGCCGUUCGUCAAUGCGAUCCUCAGGAUGGUGUCGAAGACGGCAUUGUUAUGCGACCGCGUGAAUGUAAAUUCACUCUGGAGCCAUUGCACUGCACCUCAUCUGUCAAUAUCUCAUCUACAUGCUUUUCAGACGCACAGAUGGGCACUGUUCAAUACAUCCUGGACGACUGGGUGUCUAUAACAGAAGGCGAUGAACCUGUAUCUUUGGAUGCAGACUGGAUCUAUGACUUCCUCCUCAAUGUCACAAGCUACAACUGGGCGGACCUUAACUACGGUAUGAUUGAACUAUCAAAUGCCAUUAAUCCUGGAACAGCACAAGCAUCAAAGUUUGACAUAUCGGCAUUUAAAGAGAGAGGCGGCAAAAUAAUACACUAUCAUGGCUACGCUGAUGAAAUUAUUCCGACUGAGAGCAGUCGAUACUACUAUGACCACGUCAGGGGAGCUUUUUUGAAUUCCUUGACAACCGUUACAGACUUUUAUCGAUUCUUUUAUAUUCCUGGAAUGGAGCAUUGUACUUCAUCAUCCAUGCAGGAGGCACCAUGGUACAUUGGAGCUGCUCUUCAGCCAGCGGCUGUGCAAGGUUUAACAUAUGGAGUCCCAGGAUAUGAAGAUCGGUACCAUGAUAGCAUUUUGGCUUUGAUGGCAUGGACAGAAAACGACACAGCUCCGGACUACCUAGUGGCUACUAAGUAUAUUGAUGAUGAUAUUUCGAAGGGCAUCCAGCGCCAGCGACCACUUUGUCCUUAUCCUCAGUUAGCACUUUACGUUAACGGAGAUGUAAAUCAGUCCACUAGUUGGAUAUGCAACUGAGUUGCG